AUGUCUUUCCAGAAUAAAAAUGAAGCCUACCCAGUGGGUCAACCCAUCCAAGUCGAAUGUUCCAACCCGGAACAGUCCAACCUGAAACUGUCGGUGAUCCGACACGAUGAGGCAUGGACCUCGUCCUGCGGAAUGGUCGUUGAGAAGACCCUAAGCUUCGACCAGACGGACCAACCCUGCUCGUGGGUCGAGUCGGAAAAGCAUUAUUUAAAGCUCUUCGACAGGAGACACGUUAACGAAUUGCGAUAUGAUAACACGAUUGGCCUCUGGGGUCAACAUAGAGAACGAGCCUUUAUUGAGGGCAUUUCCAACGGCAACGUCGGGCGGCUGCUUUACAGGCUGCACACGGAACCGGAUUAUUUCAAAAAGACUGAAAGCUACCGCGACUACGCGGAUGACGAGGCGUUCCUCUGGAACGAAUGCAUCGCCUCUUUUCACAGGGAGAGGAAUGUUUAUUCCGUCCUGUCAAAGUAUCAGGGCGACCUGGUUCCAUUGCUUCAUGGCGAUGUCACGCUCGAUGUGCGCCCGCCAAACUUCGCGGAAUGCUUGCCGGAGGGUAUGUUGAGUUUGUUUCAAGUUCGAGGCCUCCUCCUGGAACACCUCGAGGGAUUCUCCCUGGCUGAUGUCACCAGCCAUGCACCACAGUCGUCGUGGCAGGGAAUCUUCGACAAAGCCAUUAACAUCGUGCGUGUGCUCGACGGAGAAGAUAUUCUCAACCGAAAUUUAGGGCUUGGCGACUUUAUUGUCAUGCCUCAGGAGGAUGGCGAAUAUCGCGUCUGCAUGACUGACCUCAGUCGAUGCGAAAUUCGCAAGGAUGACGAAUCCGAUGCGGAAUGGGUGUGUAAGAAAUGGUUCGCUGCCGAGGAGGACCGUCUGGCGGGAGCUCUGAAGGAUAAGCUCGAGGAGAACGGCGAGUUUGCGCUCGAAUUUGAGCCCUCUUUGAAAUAUUCACAGGUCUGGGAGAAAGACGAGUAG